UUCCCCUCCCACGCGCGACGCAAUCGCCGCCGAGGAAUUGCGAGCUAGGGUUUUCGAGGCGGCGGCGGAGGGGGGCCCCCAUGGCCUCGCCGGCGGCGGAGGGGGAGGCGGAGGGGGAGGGGGCGAUGGCGGUGAGCGCCGGGUUCGCGGAGCUGGAGCGGCAGCAGCAGCUGCUGGCGAGCUGCACGAGGCUGUACAGGCAGCUGGAGGAGCACUUCUCGUCGCUGGAGCGCGGGCUGGCGGCGCGGUCGGACUCGCUCAGGCACAAGCGGCGCGCGGCGGAGGCGCGGGCGUCGCGGGGCAUGGAGGCGCUCCGGCGCCGGGAGGAGUCCAUCGAGGGGUCGGUCUCCCGCGCGCUCGAGCGCCUGGAGGACGGGCUCGCCGCCGCGGCCGCCGCUGAAGCGGCGGCGCCGCCCGAGGAGGCGGCCGGGGUCGCCGAGAGCCUGAGGGCGCUGUGCGCCAGGAUGGACUCCGCGGGGUUCUUCGGGUUCGUGGUCGCGCGGCGGAAGGAGGUGGACGCGCUGCGGGUGGAGAUGCCCCCCGCGCUCAAGCGCUGCGUGGAUCCGGCCAAGUUCGUCAUGGACGCCGUCGCCGACGUGUUCCCGGUGGACCGCCGCGAGGUGAAGAACCCCACCGACCUGGCCUGGGCGUGCGUGCUCAUCCUGGAGGCGGCGGUGCCGGCGCUGGCCGACCCGGACCCGGAGAUUGGGGCGGCCAGGCCACUGGUGCCGCGGGCGGCGCGUGAGCGCGCGCGCGAGAUGGCGAGGGAGUGGAAGGAGGCGGCGGAGCGCAAGGGUGGAGUGGAGUGGACCAAGCCGCCGGACGCCCACGCCUUCCUGCAGCACGUGGCGACCUUCGCCGUGGCGGAGAGGGAGGACCGGGGGCUUUACCGCAGGAUCGUGGUCAGCUUCUCCUGGCGCCGACAAAUGCCGCGCCUCGCGCUCACCCUCGGCCUUGAAGAAGACAUGGCUGAUAUUGUUGGGGAACUAAUUGCUAAGGGACAGCAGCUUGAUGCUGUGAAUUUUGCAUAUGAGGCUGGUCUUCAGGAGAAGUUCCCCCCAGUUCCUCUCUUGAAGUCCUACCUGGAGGAUGCAAAGAAGACAUCAUACACUGUUUCAGAUAAUUCAAGCACUAGCAGUGGCCAAUCUGGGAGCAAUGCAAACAAGAAAGAGCAAUCUGCGCUGAGGGCUGUUAUAAAGUGCAUUGAGGACCGCAAACUGGAAACUGAGUAUCCACUGGAGGAUCUUCAGAGGCAGCUUGAAGAAUUGGAGAAGGCCAAGACUAAGAAAAAAGCAACUUCAAGUGCGUCCAGUGGCGGUAGCAGUGGCCCUGCCACCAAGCGCAUCAGGGCAAGCAAUGGAGGCCCGAUGCCUCCUGCGAGGGCAGGUCAUCUCACUAACAAUGCUUGUGUGUCUUCUACCCCAGCUGCCACCACCUUUGUCCGCUCCCCCUCUCACACAUCAUACGCCACAGCCUCCCCAAAUCCUUAUGAUAGGCCAGUUGGUCAUGGCCUCUACUAUAACCAAAGCCCACCAAUGAUCAGGGAGCCAUACGUCUACCCAGCCAAGGAGGUAACCAAUUUUGCCCCAGGUCUGCCAUACUCUUCCCCUCCCAUGAGCUAUCCCCACGCCUACGGUGGAUACAGCAAUGGAAUGGGAGCUUACAACAAUGGAAUGGCACCUGCCUUCCACCAGGCUUACUACCGGUAGGAUCAGUCAGGAAAGUCGCUGAUGAAUGACAUGACAAUAACUGAUGAUUCGACGACAACUCAAUCCGCACAAUGGCUCUAUUUUGUAGUGACUGACUACAAACGGUAGGUUGGGUAUUUCAUCUUAUCUGCACUUACUAAGUUACCACUACUACUAGAUGCACUCUGCAUUGUGUUAGGUUAUCUCAUGCCUAGAAUCACUACUUUGUACUACUAAGGAACCUGGAUGUAAAUUAUGUAUGCUAUCAUUCAGACUGUACUACUGCAUUAUGUAAUUCUGUUCAGAAACAAUGAAAAAUCGCCCCCCACCCCCCCCCCCCCCGCCCCCAAAAAAAAAUAAAUCAUGUAAUUCGCCAGCACUUGAUGGACCACUUAAUCAAAAGACAAUUCUCAGUUUAGCUA